AUGAAGACACAAAUUAAUUAAGAGCUAUUAGAUCAAUAUAUUGGUAUGGGAUUUUCUAAAGAAUUGAUUAUUAUGGCAUGGGAAGAGAGUAAUACAGAAGCUGAUGUCAUUAAUACUUUACUCACAUUAUCAGACAAAAAUAAUGCACUCUCUAAUACACCAACAGUAAAUUAUAUUUGAAUUUAUCCAAUAGAAACAAGAUGAAGAAAUCUAACUAAAUUAAGCAUUAAUAGAUUCUUACAAAACCAAUCCUUAAGCAGCUACAUCUACAUUUGAAAUUGUAUCACCUGAAUAAAGAAAAAGAAAUAAUGAUGUACCAUGUGGUCUUAAGAAUGUUGGUAAUACAUGUUAUUUUAAUGGAUUACUUUAAACAUAUUUCUUUAAUAGUGAUUUUGUUAAAAUCAUUAUCAAAUUUCAACCACCUGCUUAAAUUGAAUAAGGUAAAUAAGGAAAAUCCAUUUAAUUGGUUUAAAAUCUUUAACAUUUAUUCCUUAGUAUGAUAGGUAGUGAUAAAAAAUAUGUGGAUCCUUCUGAUGUUGUUAAAAGUAUUUGUGAUGAUUUUGGUAAUGUACUACCAAUUGGUGAUUAAAAGGAUGUUGGUGAAUUCAAUCAUUAUUUCUUAAGUAGAAUAGGGGAAGGUCUAGCUUAUAAUGAACAUUAAUCUAGCAAAAUAGAAGAUUAACCUCAUGAAGGUUCUUCUUCUAUUUUGAGAUUGAAAUCAUCAACUAUACAUGAUGAAGAUGCUGUUUCCAAAUUAUUCUUUUGUAAAGUACAUCAUUACUUGUAAUUUGAUCAAGCUGGUGUUCCUUAAAGUAGAGACAGUACUGAACUUUAUAAUUUUAUUCCUAUUGAUUUGAAAGAUGGAAAUCUUUAUGAUGCUUUUGAUAAUUUUGUAGUCAAUUCUAUUGAAGAUUUCAAAAAUGAUUUAAGUGAAACUGUUUGUGCAACUAAAUAUAAUUGGAUUUAAGGUGCUCCAUAAACAUUAUCAUUCUAAAUACAAAGAGUUACUUAUAGUAAAGAGAAAAGUAAUUCAUUUUAUAUAUAUAAAUUAGAUGAUCUUAUAAAACAAAAUGAUGAAUUUCUAUUUGAAGAAGAAAUCUAUUUGGAUCGUUUUCUUUAUGAAAAUAGUAAGAGAUAUUUGGAUAUAAGAACUUAAAAUAGAGAAUUGAAAAUUAAACAAAAAUUAAUUAAAUAAGAAUUAUAACAAUUGUCAAAAUUUGAUGAUAAAUAUGAUUUAUAAGAUGUUCUAUUAACAACAGUCAAAUUUUUAGAAAUGUAAUCAAAAGAUAAACCUAAUAAUCCAGCCAAUUUUGGUCCCUCUGAUCAAAAACAUACUAUUGAAUAACUCUUAAAAUAUUCAUAACAAGUCUUAAAAAGAAAAGAAGUUUUAUAACAAUAAUAUAAUGAUCUAGAAGAAAAGAUAUAAGCUUCUUAUAAUAAUUUUAAGGGAAAUAAAUAUUAUUUAUAAUCCAUACUAAUUCAUGAAGGAAUGGCAAGUAUAUAUAUAUAUAAUUAUAUUUAUAGAUUCUGGACAUUAUUAUACUUACAUAAAAGAUUUCAGAUUAAAUAAAUGGUUUAAAUUCAAUGAUAUUCGUGUUACAGAAGAAACAAGAGAAAAAGUAUUUCAAGAUGCUAUUGGUGUAAAACCAGGUAUCAAUGCUUAUUUACUUGUUUAUUUAAAGGAUGAACUUGUAUAAGAAGAAAUAAAAUAUCCAAAAAGAUUGUAUAAAACAAGCACAGAGAAAGAUUAUUUAUAAGAUACUUAUGGAAGUUUCCUUAAUUAAAAUCAAAUUGAAAGUAUUAAAAGGGAAAAUUAAUUAUUUUUAAAUGAAAUUGAAGAUUAUAAAUAGGCUAGAAUAAUAGAAAGAAUUGCUGAAGCAUAUCAAACUAGGUUUGAAUUUGUAAAUGAACAAUUUCGUACUAUUGUUAAUAAAACUUAAAAUAUCAAAUUUAAACCUCUAUUUACCUAAAAUUUCCCUAUAUAUAUUAAAUGUAAGGCCACUUAAUUAUCAAAUUAAAAUACAUAACAUGAUAAUUUAAUAAAAUGGAUUAUCUUGGAUUCUGCAUUACGUGAAGUUUAAGAAAAUAAAGAAGGAAUAUUUGGUGGAUAAAUAAGUGAAAAUGUAUUAAUUAAUAUAUAUAUAAUAUUAGUUUUAAAAUAAGAUAAUAAACAAAUUUGUAGCUUAAUUCAAUGAAUUUAAAAGACCAACUUCUAAAUUGACUUUAUCUGAAUAAAAUGAUUUGAAUAAAUUUGAAUAAGAAUAUUUACUAUAUGUAAAUUUAGGAUCAUGGGCUACAAUAAUAUUAGAACUUUUGGAAAAAAAAGAUUUUAUUUAAACUCUUUAAGUUUUAUAAUGUUUGACUAAGAAAGUUAAAACUUUAGAGUAAUAGAAUUACUUUUUUAAAUUUACUAAGAAUUUAAAGACACUAGUGCCUAUCAUAUUAAUUUGUAAAAUGAUUCCAAAAGAAUCUGAGGUGAAUCUUAAAGAAUUAUAGUUAUUGUAAGCAUAUUUGAUACAUAAACAUUUCGAAUAUGAUGAUCCAAAGUAUUGGUAAACUGAAAUUUCAAUAAUGUUAAAUUCUAUAAUAGAAAAUCACAAUUAAUAGGAUGUAAAAGAAAUUAUAGUGAAUUUUGAAGUUGGAAAUAAAAUUAAAGAAAAUAUGGAUUUGUUAGAAUUUGUUUCAGAGGUAUUAUAAUUUCUAAAAAUACUAGGAAAUUCGAAAUUAAUAAUUAGCGUUAAAUUCUUCAUAUGAGAUCUAUUUCUGGAGUCCCUAUUAAAAGCAAGAUAUUAUAUUUGAUAAAUUGGUUGAAGGAAUGAAUAAAUUAAAAGUGUUAUUUGAGGUAAGAUUUAUAAAUAAAUGUUUAGCCAUAUAUAAAAAUUUAAUAGGCAUUAAAGGAUGCAAUUCAACCACUUAUGAAAGAAGAUUUAGAGAACAUGAUAAAAUGA